CGAACGCGGGAAUCAAAUUUUGCCCGAGGUUGGAUGCUGAGAACUAUAUUCGUACCAGUUUCCACUUUAUUCUGUCGUACAGAUAUGCAUACUGCAUUUUGUGAUUCCUACACAAAUCCGUGAAAUGCAUUUGCUGCUUUUAUCCUUCCUUCCCAUGCAUGCACCCGAAGUAUGGUAAACCUAAAUCAGGCUUAAUUAAAUUCUCCGUCUCAUCACCCCCACUGAGGAGACUUUGCUCAAGCUCUCUCUUUCUUAUCGUAUGGAUACAGCUUUAUUUUUUAUCUCAACGUACAUACUUUCCCACGCCAUUCAACCUACGCAAAUCAUGACAUCUCUCACCGUGUAAAAAAAAUAAAAAAAGAGCAAUCUCUCCAGUAUUUUACAAAUAAAUGCAACGCUUUUACUUAAAGUGCAGCUUUUUGUUUUAAAACUUGCGUCAAAUGAAGCUGGAAUACAUAAGUUCUAUUCUUCUCUUUUAUGCGAACCAGACCAUUUUUUGCGCAAGUUGAGAUAUCCAUUUACUCACUGUUACACUCUCAUCUCAUUGAUGAUCCAAGGUCUCAUCCUCAGCUGUACAAAUGAAGUGUGCGCAAUGGUAACCAUGACAACGUACAGAUACAUUGUACAUGUGUCAUAUUUCAAUACAUUACACGCAUGUAAACUUAGUUGACAUCUCCAGCAGCAAAAAUUAUUUUAGUUCUGCAAACUAAAUCACACACAGUCUUCGUCAAAUGCAUACACAAUGGCAAAAGUUAAGCAAAGAAUAAAAGUAAAAUCUUGCAAUAAAUCACAAAAGAGAAAACCUCGGAAAUCUAUACAAUUGGAUAAACGAAUUAUUCGAAAAGACUUGCCCUGCGAUGUUUGUGGGGACAAAGCAAAAGCUCAAAAUUACGGAGGCAUAUCUUGCAACUGCUGCAGGUCAUUUUUUCACUACUACACUCUCCACAAAGUGAAGGAUCCCAUGAGCUUUCAACAUCUCAGGAGUAAUUGUAAAUUUGAACAAAAUUGUGAAAUUGAUAAAGUUACCAGAAGAAAGUGUAAAACGUGCAGAUUUUUUAAAUGCGUGCAAAUUGGGAUGUCACCCGCAUGGGCGAUCUCCGAGCAUGAAAAGACUAAACAAGUCAAGCAACAAAAAACAAAAGGUUCAAACAUUACAACCAAUGUCAUAGUUGACCAAAUGAGUGAUGUGGAUGUCGAAAGAGUCGAAAAUCUUUCCAAAAUUUAUAAAAAUGCGUGCGAAUUAAUUCCAUAUAGUUUCCUCACCAGAGCAAAUAAUGAAAUCUUGAGCAAGACCAAAGUGAUAACUAUGAGUAUUGGGAUCAUGUCGACAUCUAUUAGAAGGUUCGUAUAUUUUGCGAGGAUGCUUCCCGAAUUUGAAAAACUCUCUUUACACGACCAAACUAAUUUAAUAAGACGGUCGAUCGUGGAAAUGAUCCUGCUGCGACAAGUAAUACCUUAUAACUUCGAAAAAGGUCUCAACAAUUCCGAUACGGAUGACUUUCCGGAUAAAUACCCACAAAUAAAUCCCGAAGAAAGUUUUGGCUUCACUCCAAACCCUGUGCUCGAAACGAAAGUACAAGUUUACCGUAGAAUUAAAACCCUCGCCCCCGACGAAGCCAGUAUUAUGCUGCUCAUCCCCAUCGCCUUGUUCUCAGACGCCGGGGGCGGAAUCGAGGUCUGCAAAGAAUUAGAGAAUCGACCGGCUGUUAAUGCAGCUCAAGAUUUUUACGCCGGAUUACUAGAAAAGCAUUUAAAGUCCAAGUUAGGAGAGGAAAGGGGAAGGAUAGUUUUUCCACGGCUCUUAUCACAACUUCCCGAUAUUACCGAAUUGAGCCAAUUGCAUCAAGGCCUCCCUCUCAAAUUGACGGAUCAGCAAGUCGACAAAAUGCAUGAACACGUAUUGGAGCUCCAAAAGAAGACAAGUACGAAACCACCCAUUUACAAUUCAAUCUUCCAAAGUAAACUGACCCCACGAGAACCAAGUACAAAAGUGAAGGAAUGUUGCAAGAAGCACAUGACGCCAGUAAAACCGCAAACAAUAACGGAAUCUGAGAAUUUGGAACCAGGGAAACCAGUGUCAUUGAUUCACACGUUGGUGACCAAUCCGGGGGAGCAGGGGAUAAAAUUUGACUCUUUCGUUCAGGGUGCACACAUCGGCGUCGGUAAAGCUUUUAUGCACAGAAUUCCAGAGUUGCUUGAAAAUCCGUUGGAUUCGUUGGUUCGCGAUGUAGAAAAGUUAAGUAUUUCUCCCAGCAUGGAAAACUCGUCGAGAAGGGAAACAUAAUUUAUAAGGUAGAUAUGCAAAUUUAUAAGUGAUGCAAAAUGGCUAUUGCAAACUGUGACCUGAUUAAUAAAUGUAACAUGAAAAAGUAUACGAUAUUAAGUUAUAAAAUUAAAAACCUGAUAAACUAUUUAUAUGAAUUGUCUGGUCUGUAAGAGUAAGUAGUUCUACGCCCGGGCCCGACCUUAAGCAAUAAACCAAUCUUUCUUCGUA